UUACGUAAAACCCUAUUACUCCUCUGAAUAUUCAUAUAUCAAUAUUCAUCCGCAACUCUCUCUCUCUUUUUCUUCGUAGCUUUCUCUUAAUCCAAUCUUUUGUUCAUCCAAGAAAGGCUUUUUUCAGAACCAAAGCGGAAGAAACAAUAAUAUAUGAGAUUCUAAACCCUUUGAAACACAUAGAGGAGUACAGAAGAAGAAAAAAAAGGUUUUUCUUGAGACAAAUUAAUAAAGUCUAGAGAAGGGCCAAGUUGGUCCAAAACCAACUAAAAUGAUCGGAGGUGCCCAACGGAAAGAGCUCAAUUUGAUAAAUUUCGAAGAAACAGAAUUACGUUUAGGAUUACCUGGUGGUGGUACUAGUAGUGGAAAUAAUAGUGAAGUUGAGAAUGGGAAGAACUCUUCAGGAAAAAGAGGAUUUUCAGAGACAAUUGAUUUAAAGCUUAAUCUUGAGACUUCAUUGUCUGCUUCGAUAAAAGAAUCGUCGGAAUUAGUAUUAAUGGAUCAUCAUCAGAAUAAUAAUGAGAAGGUCACUAAGAGUUCGUUAGUGUCCGAGAAUAAAAGUAUUAAGGAUAAAACUAGUGUUACUAGUUGUUCUAACGACGAUCACCACGCCAAGCCGUCCGCUCCCAAGGCACAAGUUGUAGGUUGGCCGCCUGUUCGAUCAUAUCGCAAGAAUGUUCUGUCUGUACACAAGAGCAAUACAGAAGUGGUCAGCAACAGCAACAACGUUGCCUUCGUUAAAGUUAGCAUGGACGGUGCACCUUACCUUCGGAAGGUUGAUUUGAAGUUGUACAAAAGUUACCAAGAACUUUCUCAAGCCUUGGGGAAAAUGUUCAGUUCUUUCACAAUAGGUAACUGUGAAACUCAAGGGAUGAAAGAUUUUAUGAACGAGAGUAAAUUGAUGGAUCUUUUAAAUGGGUCCGAGUACGUCCCGACUUAUGAAGACAAAGAUGGUGACUGGAUGCUCGUAGGCGAUGUACCAUGGAGGAUGUUUGUCGACUCCUGCAAACGCUUACGGAUCAUGAAAGCAUCAGAGGCAAUUGGCCUUGCACCAAGAGCGGUGGAGAAAUGCAGGAACAGAAGCUGAAUACUAAAUCUCUUUCUAUCAUUCAAUCUGGAUAAUGACCUGUUCAUUGAGCUCCCGGUUUCUUCGAAAGCGAAAACAAACGACAACAAAUGGUGCUGUAGACUGAAUUUUGUCUGGGGUGUCUCUGAAUUUGUCUGUACUUUAUUUAAAUUGGGUUGCUAAGGGGGUAUUGGUAUCAAAGAUUCAAAAUCGAAGGAAAAGAAAAAGAAAACUGCUCGUUUUACUGUGUGCGUAUGGGUUCUAUUCUAAGACCUGGCUGUAUUUAUAAGCCUGUUUUCUUUCUACUAUUAAUGUUUUUUUAUUAAUCCGUUACCGUAAUUCGUUUUUAUUUGCAGUGGGGUAGCUUUUUAUUUGCAUGUAAAAAUUCAUUAAUUUGUACUUUGUAGUAUGAUCAUUUGUUUACUUGGCUAAAUAAGGGCCUACUACACUUAAUUUGGCCCUACUAAUG